AUGUCUCAGGUGGAGAAGAAAGCAGGGUUACUGAGGAGAACCUCCUCCUCUAAAAAGCCCUUAAAAGAGAAAGUAGUGCUGAUGUAUGAUGAGAUAUUUGCAAGGGAAGACCCGGCCAAAAACAACCAACGCUUCUGGGACGAACUGUUUCUUAUGAAGGUCAACUUGGAGUAUCUGGAGGCAAAGUUGGAAAGUGUAGAUGGAGAGGAGGUUCAGCGGAAUCAAGACAACAUCAAUGCUCUGUUCCACCACUGUGUUCAGACUCUGGCAGAGGAGCACCAGAUCAAAGUGGUCAAUGCCCUACAGACUCUUUGUGCACUUUUUCGGGGUGUUCAUCAGAAAAAUAAAUCUGCGUCAGGCUUUGAUAUUAUCAACAUGCUUAUGGGCUUCGACAAGGCUGAGCAGCGGAUGAAGGACCUCAUGGAGAGUCUCGACAGCCUUCUUUGUGGAGAGGGUUCAGAAAGUCUUAAAAGUCUUUGCCUUAAACUACUUUUAUGUUUAGUGACGGUUACCGACAACAUAAGCCAAAACACUAUAUUGGAAUAUGUGAUGAUCAACAGUAUCUUUGAAGCCAUUCUGCAAAUUUUGUCAGACACAUCCAGCAGAGGGCAGCAUGGGUAUGAUGCCGUGGUCCUCUUGGCACUUUUGGUCAACUACAGGAAGUAUGAGUCUGUAAAUCCGUAUAUUGUGAAGCUUUCGAUCGUUGAUGAUGAGCCGACCCUGGAUGGCAUGGGCAUGGUUCUUCAUCAGGCUUUGACCGAAUACAACAGGCAAUACAAAGAUAAAGAGGAGGAAAACCAGGGGGGCUUCUUCUCCACGCUCACGAGUAUGGUGGGAAACAUGUUUAUAGCAGAUGCUGAGGAGAAACGUUCUGUACAGACCAACGAAGCGAUUUUAUUGGCUUUAUAUGAAGCUGUUCACCUCAACCGCAACUUCAUCACUGUACUAGCACAGAGUCAUCCUGAGCUCGACAUGGCUGCUACUUCCACUACUCCCACCUCCACCACUCCCACUACUCCCCUCGGCACGACUCCACCUGCGCUAGACAUGAUGAACAAUCCGGAGCUGCCUCUUGAUCCCAAUCUCCAAACAAGCAACCUCCUAAUUACAUUUCUGAAAUAUGCCUCCAUCGUAAUGCAAGACACUAAAGAUGAGCACCGCCUGAACAGUGCCAAGUUGUGCCUCAUUAUCCUCACCUGUAUAGCCGAGGACCAGUACGCAGAUGCCUUCCUUCACGACGACAACAUGAACUUCAGAGUUACUCUACACAGAAUGCCCAUGAGGCACAGGAAAAAGAUGAUAGAUAAGAAUGUCCCCUCACGACCGCUGGUGUGCGCAGUGUUAGAUCUAAUGGUGGAGUUUAUAGUCACGCACAUGAUGAAGGAGUUCCCCAUGGAAUUAUACUUACGAUGUGUGCAGAUCAUUCACAAACUUCUGUGCUACCAGAAGAAGUGCAGGAUACGGCUGCACUACACCUGGAGGGAGCUGUGGUCAGCUCUCAUUAACUUGCUAAAGUUCCUGCUGUCGAAUGAGACCACACUCCUGGCUAAACACAACAUAUUCCAACUGGCUUUACUGGUGGUGAAUUUGUUCAACAUGUUUAUAACUUACGGCGACACGUUCCUGCCCACGUCCAACAGUUAUGACGAGCUCUACUACGAAAUCGUCCGAAUGCACCAAGUCUUUGACAAUCUCUACUGUAUGGUUCUGAGGGUUUCUACCAACACGGGCCAAUGGAAGGAGCCAGCAAGCAAAGUCACACACGCCCUUGUGAAUAUCCGGGCCAUAAUAAACCAUUUCAAUCCCAAAAUUGAGUCCUACGCUGCAAUCAACCACAUCUCUCAGUUGUCAGAGGAGCAGGUUUUGGAGGUGGUUCGAUCAAACUACGACACUCUAACGCUGAAGCUUCAGGACGGUCUGGACCAGUUUGAGCGAUAUUCAGAACAACCCAAAGAAGCGGCUUUCUUCAAGGAGCUGGUGCGCUCGAUCAGCCUGAACGUGAGGAAGAACGUGUCUCUGAACACGUUGAGUCAGGACGUCCUGUUGAAAGAGUUUUCCACCAUCUCCUGA